AUGGGUUUACAAGGUCAGCUUUCCGAUGUCUCCUCCGAUUCGAUCCCUCUGAUGCUCGUUGCUCUCCUCGCCACUUUGUUCAAACACGUCCGCUCUUUCAUCCUCCGCAUCUGCUCCUCCGGUCCUCAUCUCGAUGCUUCCGUCGUCUCCUCUGGACUCGCUAACCUCGUGGUGCUCGCGGACCAGCUCAACCUCAAUCGCCUCUUCUCGUACCGAUACGCCGCCGGAGAAGAAGAAGAAGUGAGGAAGCUGGACUGCAUCGUCUGCUUGUCUACGCUCAAGGCCGGAGAAGAGGUGAGGAAGCUGGGCUGCAGACACGUGUUCCACAAGCAGUGUUUGGAAGGUUGGAUCCAACAUCUCAACUUCAAUUGCCCUCUCUGUAGAUCUCCAUUGCCAGUCCACGGAGCUGAUUCCAUCUCCUCGUCUUCUUCUUCCCCGUUUUACUCAACCACCGCAUCUCAUUGA